CAGGUUACAUAUAUUUUACUUCUGGUGAAUAUAAUCCAUUACUAGUUUUCAUAUGUACGUUGUAUUAACAUCUUAUUUUGAAAACCGGAAGUAGUCCAAUGUGCAUCAUCUCGCCAACUUCGCUACUCGAUCUGGGCCGUUUGAAUGCAUUUACCACGCGUGCCGGAAUAAGAGCGCAUUACAAGUUUAGUGUCGGCUGAUUUGACCACGGAGAUCCGAGUGUCGGCUGGCUUGACCGCAGUAACUUAGUGCAUGGUUUCUACAAUUUGAGAAGCAGGCCUGUCCAGGAUGAAAAGUGUUCGAGUCGUGGUGGUGGGAGCAGGUGUGAUCGGCUUCUCCACUGCGGUCUGCAUCGCCGAGGCUCUUCCUUUCUGCUCCGUUACUCUGCUGGCUGAGAAGUUCAGCCCAGACACCACCAGUGAUGGAGCUGCUGGGAUCCUGUUUGCAGCAGAGUUUCCAGAUAUUCCCAUGGAAAGACAAAAACGCUGGUUCAAGUACAGCUUUAAUCACCUGUUGGCCAUUGCUCAAUCCAAACACUCACCGGAAGCUGGAGUAAUGCUGACCUCUGGCUGGCAAAUUUUCAGGGACAUUCCAGCUGAUAAGAAGCCCUUCUGGUCAGAGUUUGUGAUCGGCUUUCGAGUCAUGACUGACAGUGAAUUAAAAAGAUUUCCAGAUCACACGUUUGGCCAGGCGUUCACCACCAUAAAAUGUGAAUGUUCCAGCUACCUGCCGUGGCUCGAGAAGAGUUUCAGAAAAGCUGGAGGCCAAGUGGAACAGAGGAAACUCGACAGUCUUGAGGAAUUAAUCAACAGCUAUGACAUCAUUGUCAACUGCUCUGGUCUGGGCUCCAAAACACUGGUGGGUGACAACAAGGUGUACCCGGUCAGAGGCCAGGUCCUCAAGGUGGAGGCCCCCUGGCUGAAGCACUUCAUCAGAGAUGGAGACGGAAAGACCUACAUCUACCCCGGCAUACACAGCGUCACUGUGGGUGGCACCAGGCAGGAGGGGGACUGGCGACUACAAGCGGACGAAGGGGACACAAAAGGCAUCCUGGAGCGCUGCAGCGAGCUGGAGCUGUCCAUCAGCAAAGCUAAAGUUCUCAGCGAGUGGGUGGGUCUGAGGCCGAGCAGGAGGAACCCGAGGGUGGAGAAGGAGCUGGUGUGGCUGCAGGGUCGCAGGAUGCCUGUGGUCCACAACUACGGCCACGGAGGCUGGGGAGUCACCCUCGCCUGGGGUACUGCCCUGGAAGCACUGGGGCUGGUCAGGCAGUGUCUUCAUGAAACGCCGCUACAGGCUAAUCUUUGAACUCAGUCUGCCACUAAAUCCUACUUUUACUGCCUAUAACACUUACCUUACAAUAAUAACACAGGGUAAAAUGGAUGUAAAAAUCAUACAUUUUGAUUAACAAUUGUUGGGACUGGUAAUGAAAGAAUGUUAUAACAAAUACUGAUUUUUAAAUUAGGCCUACUAAAAAAAUUAAACUGCCUUUGAGUGAAGAGAUCUGCUGUCAGAGAGAUGAACUUAAUUCAAACAUACCAACAUUACAUUAUGUGUAAGUAGAACAUUAAUUAAAAGCCUUGUUAGCAUUUUCACAAUAUAAAUAUAUAUAUAUAUAAAAGAAACCUUUAUUACUUAAAUUAAUGAACAGGAAAAUACUGUAAUAGUUUACUGAGGUGAAAUAAACAGCUCAUGUUAACAUCUAAGGCAAAUGCUGGGUGGAAUGCAACUGUUCAACCGAUAAAUUGCUAAACUGUCUGUCAUCACUGUGUAAAUUAUACCUCUGUGCAUUAAAACUGCUGAUAGUUUACUGUAUCAACCAUAGAUAUUACAUUAUGAUAUCUUAAUAUUUUCAAGUGCUUCAUUAAUUGCUAUCACUACUUGCAGUUGAAUUACAUGGAUAUCAACUUUUUUUCCCCCACAAAGUACUGUAUAUAUACAGUCAAUCCAACUAAUAUACACUUAAAACAGUUUGGAAAUGUUGAGUUACAGUAAAUCAAGCAAUGAAUCAUUUAUUAACAAAGGCUUUGUUUGAUGCAAAAUAAACGGCCGGUCGAUGCUUCUUGU